GGAGGCGGGGACGAGCUUUUUUUUCUUCCCUUCGCUUGCUGUAAUUUGCAUUGUGCAAGGAUUCAGCUAAGUGACGUCUGCGGAUCAACGGGGUCUGGGAGGAGAAAGGAAGCCUGAUCUUUGUUAACAUGUCACCUUCUUUCGCUCCUGGAUGUUGCUGUUGGUUUGGACAGUCUCCAUCACACAAUAGACAAGGGAGGGGUGACCUCCAAGAAUGAAAAUGGGGAGUGCGUUUCAGAAGGUUGCUUCUGUUUUAUCUUGCAACUCUGAUGAUGAACUGAGUUGCGUUUCCAACGACAUGAAUGAAAUAAUGGCUGACAGAAUGCUGGAUGCUUGCCACAAAAAGAUAAAGAGACUCCCAGUUCCAAUAUGCUCCUUUACAUAUGUGGAGAAGUUGUACAUCAGCAACAAUAAGCUAAGAGAGCUUCCUGAUGAGUUUCAACAGUUGGUCAACUUAAAGAUCCUAGCACUGGAUUUUAACAAAUUUGAAGAUGUGCCUAAAGUCGUAUGCAAUAUGCAGAACCUGACAAGACUCUACCUUGGCAGCAAUAGAUUAAUGACAAUUCCUCCAGAGUUUAGGAAUCUAGAAAACCUCAGGUGUCUAUGGAUAGAAAGCAACUAUUUCAGAAAAUUUCCCAAACAGUUAAUUGACAUGCCCAGCCUGAAAUCGCUGCAGAUGGGGGACAACAAAAUGAAGAGUCUACCAGAGGAUCUGGUUAAAUUCAUUAACCUUCGUGGACUUUGGAUAUAUGGCAACAGAUUUGAGGACUUCCCAAAGGUAUUACUGAAAAUGGAAUUUCUUGAAAUCCUUGACAUGGACAAGAAUAAAAUUACAGAGUUUCCCAAUAUGGAGCACCUUUCAAGACUCAAACUGUUUUCCUAUGACCACAAUCCUGCCAAGUAUCCACCAAGUGUGGCAGUUGGGGUGACAUUGGUGGGUGAAGGGGCAGCAGAAUUAUUGGCCAUCAGAGCUCAAGAAAGUGACGAAAAUGAGGAAAAUCAGGAGCCUCUGCAUAGCAUCCUCAAAAAUGGCUCUACAGGACUGGAAACAGAGGGCAGUUUCACAGCCUUAGAUUGCUCACAAGAGGGGACAUGAAACAGGCUGCAGGUACCAGCCAUGGAAUACCUCAUGUUCAGGCACCUAGUGAUGGUCUUGUGAGAUUGGGUUCAAUACGUCCUGGACCAGGAAGGCAAUGUGGCAGUCAGCUAGAGUUAAAAGGCCUAAGGAAUCAGCACUGGGUGCACUAAUGUAGAACACAUCAAAAUAAAAAGGAAAGUUGGUUACUUCUUUAUAUAACAUUUUGUUAUAUGACUUCUGUUACAUUACAGGAUAAGGUCUUUUCAAACAAUGAGGGUUUUUCUAAUGAUAGAUUGUACUGUGACAGUGUUACCAGCUGAUGGUGUAAUAGUGUGGUGAUUAUACAA